UGUGGGAGGGCCGAGCAGGUGUGGGAAGGCCGGGGAAGGUGUGGGAGGGCCGGGGCCCGGCCGGUGCCUGUAUGAGGGAGGCUACUUAAGGGUGUGUGAGGGGCUGGGCGGGUUAGUGAGGGCCGGGACGCGGUAUCGGCCGGAUAGGUGGCGAGUGGCGUGCUGACUUCCUCUCUUGCCUCCUCCCCACGUGGCACUCGCUCCAGCGGGCCUGACGGGUGCUUCGCGACGCGCAAAGAGAUACCAUUAGGAAACAGUGUAGUGAGACGGUCCUUAGACACACACCGUGUGACCCGAACAACCGCGACCAGCACGAAGUACUGACUUCAAACGGUCUCGCGUGCUCCGUGUGACUUUGUUGCACCAAAUUGCGGUGGUCACGAACCCUUUGAAACCAAGCUCCCGCGAUCUGCUCUUCCUGCAUCUGCGUCUGAGUUAAUGAGAAGGCUGCGGUGCCUGUCGUGGCCCUGCUAAGUGCUGCCGCCGGGAGUGUGUCGAGGUGCUGAGCGAGGCCGGUUGGCCAGUCGCGAAGGACAGCUGCCUGGACUUUGGAUAUUGACAGGAGCCAUUAACUUGCCCGAGGACGAGGCCGAGCAAUGGACUGGAGCAAGAUGAGGAUAGCAGGGAGUCCGGCCUUCACGCACUCCACUUCCUCCUCUUCAAGCAGAGCGAGGAGAGCAGGAAACAGGAGUUGCAGCGUGCUCGUGGUGCUUCUGGCGAUAUUUGGCUUCCUUAUCGAUGGCGCAGGUGGCCUCGGGGUCAGCUGGGACUGGCACAAGUGGUGGACCUACGACGGCAUCUCAGGUCCUCAGUUCUGGGGACUAAUUAACCCCGAGUGGUCGCUCUGCACCAACGGCCGGCGGCAGAGUCCCGUCAACCUGGACCCCGCCACGCUGCUCUACGACCCCAACCUCCGCCAGCUGCACGUCGACAAGCACCGGGUAAGCGGGGUCAUCAACAACACGGGCCACAGCGUCGUUCUGACCCUGGGCGGCACGAGUCGCCAUCACCCCCCCAUCAACAUCACCGGUGGGCCACUCUCCUACAGGUACCAGGUGAGCCACGUGCAGCUCCACUUCGGCGCCGUGGAUCACGUUGGCUCCGAACACACCAUCAACGGCACCGCCUUCCCCGCCGAGCUACAAGUCUACGGAUUCAACACGCAGCUCUUCAGUAACUUCUCGGAGGCCGUCAACAAGGCGCACGGCGUGGUGGCCAUCUCCGUGCUCCUUCAGGUCGGUCUCCAGGGCCACCCGGGGUUAAGGCCGCUGACAGACGCCGUUCAGAGGGUGCAGUGGGCGGGGACAUCGUCUGAGGUGAACCAUGUGGGCGUGCGGGCGCUGCUGCCUGACUCCCACCACUACAUCACCUACGACGGGUCCCUCACGCAGCCGCCAUGCCACGAGACGGUCACCUGGAUCCUCGUGAACAAGCCGGUCUACAUCACUAAGCAGCAGCUUCACGGUCUGAGGCAGGUGCAGCAGGGGAGCAAGGAGGUGCCGAAGGGCCGCAUGGUUAACAAUUACCGGCCCGCCCAGGAGAUGUACCACCGGCCGCUGCGGACCAACAUUGACUUCACCAACAGCCGCCAGCUCCACUGUCCCUCCAUGGCGCCCCAGAUGUACUACACAGGUGAGUCAGCCAACAAGUGGAGGUAAUGGAGAAACCGUCCCUCUCCUACCCUCCCUCUUCUCCCCUGCUGCUCCCCCCGCCCCCAACACACCCACCCCCGUCGCCCCCCAAAACGCUGGUACUAAGGGGGUUGGGGUGAGGGUGGGGGUGGCCGAAACACGUGAUGCUCUCGAAACUACAACCAACUACCCCCUUAGUCACUCCCUUAGGCGAUAAUGACACUGGAGCAUGGCAGGGGAAGCGCGUCUUUAAGCGGCUGGAAGGACAUGGAAAGACGAAGACGAAGAAGAAGACGAAGGUGUGGAGUCUCAUGCUCAUUACCACGUAAGAAUUAACUUUUAAGAGAGAGAAAGAGAGACAAAGUGGAACUGUGAAAGGAAAUUAUAGUUUUGUGCUGAAAGAAAAUGUGUGAGUAAAAACUGUUGUGAUGGAAUUGGCUUUGGAGUGAAAAACAAUUACGAAAACGAAUCAAUAGUCCGAGGAAAAGAACGCAGAGAUCCGCUUUUUUAAUGUGUGGCUAAAAACUGAUGGGACGGUAUUAGGUUUGGAGUGAAAAAAAACUAUGAAAACGAAUUAAUAGUCUGAGGAAACGAAUGCAGAAAACCAAUUUCCUAGAUAAGACAAAGGGGGAGAAAAAGGUGAAACUGAGCUAAAGUGAUAAUGAGUGACGUUUCAAGUGACGCUCCGAAGUGACGAAUACGCAGUGACGUCAGUGAGUGAGUGAGGGACGUCUACUUAUAGUGUGAGAUAGUGCACUCAUCUGACGAUUUGGAGGACAUCGCGACCCCAGUGUAGCCAGAACCAGGGACUCCCAUAAAGCGCUUCUCUUAGCAGCACCAGAACGCAACGCCCUUGUCCUCAGUGUUACCAGAACCACGCAUAUAUACUUUACUCAGUGUUGCCAGGACCAGGGUCGUCUCCGUCUGGCCCUUCUCAGUGUUACGAGGACCUGUAACGCACCACAUAUCAGUGUUACUCUUAGAUAAGGCUUCAAAACAGUGUUACAAGUGCCGGAGUUCGUAAGGUUACCGGAUUCGAGGCUCAGACCAAAGACCCAAGUGCCAGUGUUGCCAAAGUGGAGGGAUGUGAACAGUGAUGCCAAUGCUGGGACUCAACUCCGCAACACCAUGACAUCACCACCACCACCACCACCACCACCACCACCGUGACACCGACCUCUCUACCACUCACCACUACUAUAACCACCACUACCACCACCACCACCACCAUUAAAAUAAAAAGAAAAUAAAAACGCAAUCCACUGCCGUAAUCCUAAAAAAACACAAGCAAUACCGCAACAAAGCAAUUACCAUCACCAUAGAACAACAACAACAACAACAACAACAACAACAACAAUAAUAAUAACAACAAGGCCUACUUUCACCUUUGACACAUGAGCCACCAUCACCACCACUACCACCACCACCACCCUAACACAACCCUCCCCGACACUCCCCACCACAACACCACAUCACAGCACCACCACGACCUUCGCCGCCGCCGCCACCUCUCGGGAUAAUCACAGGAGCGCCUCAGAAAACCCUCGCAGAAAAUAAACGAGUCUCGUCAGUCACUCCAGAAAUGCAACGAAGAACAGAGGAUUUGCGAAUGACUUUAGGAGGAGGAGGAGGAGGAGGAGGAGGAGGAGGAGGAGGGACAGAGGAGGUGAAGAAAUGAAACAAGGAGGUAUAGAAGGAGAAGAUGAGAAGGAAGAAGAUGAGUAGGCGGACGAGGACGAGGAGGUGGAAGAGGGGGUAAAAAGAGGAAGAGGAGGAGGAGGAGGAGGAGGAGGAGCAGAUGAGCUGAGGCAAAGAAAUAAGAGAGUAUAGAAGAAGAAAAAAGAAGAAGGAAGAAGAUGAGUAGGCGGAGGACGAGGACGGGUAAGUGCAGGAGAGGGGAAAUAAGUGAAGAAGGAAGAGAAGGAGGAGGAAGAGAUGGAGGAAUUGGAGGAGGAGGAAAAAGAAGAGAAGAGAAGCGCCCAACUAUAUUUUACAUGUGACUCUGCGUUGCUGUCACCCAAUUUUCUUCUCCCGGAAAAAAAUGGUGCGCUCAUACGUGUCUUCUUUCUUCUUUUUUUUAUUUUAUCCCAAGGUGAAACUUUAAGGAAUGGUUUAGGAGGAACACACACACACACACACACACACACACACACACACACACACACACACACACACACACACACACACACACACACACACACACACACACACACACACACACACACACACACACACACACGAGCUUAUUUGCACACCGUCGAGAGAGAGAGAGAGAGAGAGAGAGAGAGAGAGAGAGAGAGAGAGAGAGAGAGAGAGAGAGAGAGAGAGAGAGAGAGAGAGAGAGAGAGAGAGAGAGAGAGAGAGAGAGAGAGAGAAUAAUUCUGACAGUGUUUUCUUUACCUGAGGAAAAGAAAACAAGGCUGCGUUGUAAUGAGACGGGAAUUACAUUAGACUUAUCCGAUUGUCUCUCUCUCUCUCUCUCUCUCUCUCUCUCUCUCUCUCUCUCUCUCUUUUACUCUCUCUCUCUUUUACUCUCCCCCUCACCCUCGCUCUCUCACUCUAAGCCACUCGCCCGCCUUCCUCGCUACUCACCUUCCACCUGUCAACUGAGAGGAAAAUACUCAAAGGGUGAAAUAUUGAGGAACCAGACCCAAUUCUGACGCCUGGGGGGAAGCGAGGCGUGAAUGCAUGGCGGAAGAGGAAAAGGAGGAGGAGGAGGAGGAGGAGGAAGAGGCAGCAUAGAAGGACGAUCAGGAGGAGGACGAGUAGAAUGAGAAGUUGCAUCAGUCUGUUAUUUGCUUGCUCUGUUUGCGUUCUUGUUUAUACAGCUCCGUGCUCUGUCCCCUUACCGUCACUUUCCUCCCUUGCGCUGUCCCUUUCCCCUCCUUUCCCCCCUCCCCUUACUCUGUCCACCUCACUGCUCUCUCUCCCUCCCUCCCUUCCUUCAAUCCGCUCCCCUAACACCCUGAAGGUUCCCGCCCCUGAUGACCCAGUGAGCUGAGCGGACCUGAAAGCGGUGAUCAUUCGAGCUUGAGUUAAAAAUCCGAACAAAUAGAACGAUAUAAAAUGUACACUUUGGUCCUGAAGCAGAGGAGAGAGAGAGAGAGAGAGAGAGAGAGAG